UUUUUUCAUACUUGUUCAUCCUUUUGCAGCUGUUUGGCUGAAAGCAGCGGACCUCUCAGAUUUCACCCGCUAAAGAAAGUGUAAUGUCGGGACUGGAUCGGAUGUCUAGGAGUGCCAAGGAGCGCGUGCGCCGCGGAAGCUCCACACAUUUGGCUGCUCAUGCAGGCACCUACGCAGAUACCCGGCAUGUGCAGACUGCCGACGAUGCGGCGGAUGUUGCGGAAAAGGUGUUGAGCAAAAGGAAACAUGAAUUCUGGAAGAAAGAUGUUGGAAGGAUUGGGAACUUCUUGAAUUCACCUACAUUCGAGUCAGCCUUGGCCUGCAUCAUAUCGUUGAACCUGAUUCUGAUCAUUGUGGAGACAGACCAGACCGCUGAGGGACAAGUGCCACCAGCGUGGAUCACCCAGAGCAAUGUGGUGUUCUUAGCCGUGUACGCAGCGGAGUGCGUGACGAAGAUUGUGGUCUUUAGAUUUGCUUUCUUCCAGGAGACAUGGAACUGGCUGGACCUGCUGGUGGUCUUUACUGAUACAUGCUUUGCAAUUUUGAACAUUUUCUUCACGAGUGUAGAGCAUGUCUCGAUGAUCAGGAUCUUCCGCUUAGUCAAGCUACUCCGGAUGAUCCGUGUGCUGAGACAAGUUUGGGAACUUAAGAUUCUUCUUCUAGGCUUUCAAGCGGCUGCCAAGUCCAUAUUCUUCGGCAUGGGCAUGGUAGUGGUCGGGACACUUGUUUGGGCGAUUUUGGGUGUGCAAUUGAUCCACCCAGUGAACUCCCAGAUUUGGGCAGACAGCGAUUGCGAGAGAUGUCAAAGAGCUUAUUCUUCGGUUUGGGAUGCUUUCAUCACAAUCUUCGAGACGGUCAUCGUUGCAGACGCUUGGGGUGACCUUGCGAUUCCAUUGAUUGAGACGGCUUGGUGGACAUUUCUAUGGUUCUUUGGCGUUUUGGUCACCCUGCAGCUGGGUCUGCUCAACCUGAUCUUGGCGGUGAUCGUGGAGCGAGCGGCAGACGCACGAGACAAGGAGGAAAGGAGGCAAGUCCUUCACCAAGAGGAGAAAAUGCGUGAAUCGAAAUUGGAACUCAUUCGUCUUUGCAAGGAACUGGACAAAGAUGGUGAUGGUCGGCUAAGCGAAGAUGAGUUCCUGCAAGGCUUUGAAACAAAUCCCGUUUUUGCCGAAGCCAUGGUUGGGAUGGGAGUCUAUCCUGAAGACGUUGGAUUGCUUUUUGACGUCAUGGAUGUGGAAGGUGAAGGUGAAGUGAGCUAUAUCAGUUUUGUCAAUACGCUCUCACGGGUGAGGACACAGAUGAGCCAGGUGAUCUUGUUUUCUAUCUCUGAGCUACGGAAGUCUGUUGCAAGGGUGGAGAAACAGUUUGCGUCAACACCAGGCUCCGUGCGCUUGCAGAAAGAUCUCCUUCCCAGUCCAAACGAUGCACGCCAAAGGGCUCCGAGUCCUGGUGAAGGGCUCCGUGGGCAGUUGGAAGAGAUGACCCGGCAAAUGCAGUGCCAGCUCCAGCAGAUCCAGUCGGAAAUGUCGAACAGCUUUCAAGAAGCAGUGCAGGUCAUGCUUGAAACGACUGAGACCUUUGAGACCUUGGUGAAAGUGCAAAGUGGGAGUCAAGGUGAGGAAUGUGAGAUGCCAAAGGCACCACAUCCCAAAGAUGUCCCAGAAGAUUUUCCUGAGGUCCAGGAUGAGCCUCAAGCCAAUCGAAUCCCACCAGACAGGAUGAAGCCAGAGAAAGACAAGGACCAGGCCAACCACCCCGGACUAAAUCGAUUCCAAACACCGAGAGAAGCGCUAUAAGACGCUCAGUGUCACCGCACUGGCCGAAGUCUCACCGUGCCGAAAAUGGAGCGAGCAAGCCAUCGAUGGUUGGUGUCUUC